AUGACACGAGAAAAAAUCAAUUUGCCCUCUACGGAUGCCUUUGUCAGUGUCUUGCUACUUGAUGGCGGCAGUUUCGUCGGCGAUUGGAGCCUCAUGCAUGUUGGCCAGACCGGGAAAUUUCGCCUGUACAAUUGGGCAUUUCAUAUAACACACAAGGAAAAACAUAUACUUUGGGACUUAGGAUUAGAUGACAACUGGGACUGCUACACGCCUUGGAUCACCAAGCACAUGCUGCAGUUUGUUAACCAUGUUGGCCCAAGGCGUACCGUUGUGCAACAGUUGUCCGAACGGGGCGUUUCAGCCACAGACAUUGAUUCGGUUAUUUUCAGCCACGCUCACUGGGACCAUUGCCGACCGAUUUCCGACGUGUUUCCAAAUGCAAAGGCGCGUUUUGGUCCGGGCACAAAAUCAGCAUGCCAGCCAGGUCAUUGGAAAGAUCCCAACUCGCAGUGGGACGGGCGCUUCUUUGACCCAGAGCACGCCACCGAGACUUUGGAAGAAUUACAGGGCGACUGGAAACAGUUCGGACCAUUCGAAAGGGCUCUAGAUUAUUUCAGAGAUGGCAGCUUUUGGAUCUUAGAUGCACCAGGACACAUGCCAGGCAAUCUUGCUGCCGCUGCCAGAUUGCAAAACGGCGAAUGGGUCGUUCUUGGGAGCGAUUGUUGUCAUUCGAGGGAAUUACUCGAUGGCGUACGCGAAAUUGCCGAGUUUACAAGUCCCGAGCUGAAGCCCAUGUCUCUCCACACAGACGUUACAUCUGCUAGAGACACCAUAGCCAAACUGCGGACAUUAGAAACUGACUACGGAGCUCACGUAGCGCUCGCACACGACGCCACGUGGCUGAAGAAGGGCACAGAUAAGGUGCUGAUGUCGCUGCUAGAUGCGAGGAUGAAGGUGGCGGCUAAAGAAAAGAUAGUUCACGAUGAGAUACCUUAG